GGAAUCCACUGGCUCUGGAGGAGCCUGCUCCAGAUCCUGAUGCGUUAUCAGCUCUUUCGAUGGCUGCAAGGCCUAAUAGCGGCUGUUGAUAACGAGCCGCUACCGUUACAAAUCAAAAGCGACGAGGAAGCGUUCGGGGAAAAGAAGAAGAAGCUGGCGAAUCUGGAGAAUGCCAUCUCGCCCGGAAAAUCGGAAUCAGUCGCGAUUAGAACCGGUCCAAGUGCAAAUGCAAAUGCGAAUGCAAUGGGCAAUUCAGGCAGUGCCGAGAUCGUAUCAAAUCAAAUCAUCCGCCGCCGUGAGAUGAGCACCAUGGGCAAGGAGACGGAGUCGCACAGCAUACCCAUCAGCGAGGGUCAGGAUGCGGAGCAUAUUCUGUACCGUCUGAAGCGGGGUUCCAAGCUGAGUGUUCACCCGGAUGCCUCGCUGCUGGGCAGGAAGAUCGUUUUGUACACCAACUAUCCCGCUGAGGGACAGAAGUUUGUGCGAACGGAGUAUCGGGUACUGGGAUGGCAACUGAACAGUGGCAAGCAGAUCACCUCUGUAAUGCACCCGGAGGCCCAUGUGGUGGAUACGGACAUUCGUAGUCAGGUGGAGUUGAACCUGUCCGGCACCUACCACUUUUACUUCCGCUAUCUGGAAAGGCCUGACACUGGCUGCUCCGGAGCAGAUGGAGCCCUAUAUGUGCAAGUAGAGCCCACGCUACAUGUUGGUCCGCCAGGUGCGCAGAAGACCAUUCCCCUGGACUCGGUGCGCUGCCAAACAGUGCUGGCCAAGCUCCUGGGACCACUGGACACCUGGGAGCCUAAGCUGCGCGUGGCCAAGGAGGCCGGCUACAAUGUGAUCCAUUUCACUCCCAUCCAGGAGUUGGGUGGCUCCCGAUCCUGCUAUUCGCUGCGUGACCAACUCAAAGUCAACUCCCAUUUUGCACCCCAAAAGGGAGGUAAGAUCAGCUUUGAAGAUGUGGAGAAGGUCAUCAAGAAGUGUCGCCAGGAGUGGGGAGUGGCCUCCAUCUGCGAUAUCGUGCUCAAUCACACCGCCAACGAGUCCGAUUGGCUACUACAGCAUCCGGAUGCCACCUACUCAUGCGCCACCUGUCCCUACCUCCGUCCCGCCUUCCUGCUGGACGCCACAUUCGCCCAGUGCGGAGCGGACAUAGCCGAGGGCAGCCUAGAGCACGUAGGCGUGCCUGCGGUCAUCGAGCAGGAGUGUCAUUUGGAAGCGUUAAAGUACCAGUUGCACACCUCCUACUUGUCCAAGGUCAAUAUACACGAGCUGUAUCAGUGUGAUGUGAUGAAGUACGUGAACGAGUUCAUGUCCCAGGUGCGAAAUCGCGAGCCACCAAAGAAUGUGGCCAACGAGUAUCGCUUCCAGGAAAUCAAACUGAUACAGGACCCGCAAUAUCGACGCUUGGCCAGCACCAUUAAUUUCGAGCUGGCGCUGGAGAUCUUUAAUGCUUUCCAUGGCGACUGCUUCGAUGAGGAGUCACGCUUCCGCAAGUGCGCCGAAACCCUUCGCCGGCACCUCGAUGCCCUCAACGAUCGCGUGCGCUGCGAGGUUCAGGAAUACAUUAACUAUGCCAUUGACAAUGUUUUGGCCGGAGUUCGUUACGAAAGAGUACAGGGUGAUGGACCUAGAGUAAAGGAGAUCUCCGAGAAGCACUCGGUCUUUAUGGUGUACUUUACGCAUACGGGCACCCAGGGAAAAUCGCUCACUGAGAUUGAGGCGGAUAUGUACACCAAGGCUGGAGAGUUCUUCAUGGCCCACAAUGGUUGGGUCAUGGGCUACAGCGAUCCUCUGAGGGACUUCGCUGAGGAGCAACCGGGACGCGCCAAUGUCUACCUCAAGCGCGAGCUCAUCUCGUGGGGCGACAGUGUGAAGUUGCGCUUCGGCAGGCGGCCGGAGGACAGCCCCUACCUGUGGCAACACAUGACCGAGUACGUUCAGACCACGGCGCGCAUCUUCGACGGUGUGCGUUUGGACAACUGCCACUCCACGCCAUUGCACGUAGCCGAGUACCUUCUGGAUGCAGCACGUAAGAUUAACCCAGAGCUGUAUGUGGUGGCGGAACUGUUCACCAAUUCCGAUUACACCGACAAUGUGUUUGUGAACCGAUUGGGUAUCACCUCCUUGAUCCGAGAAGCUCUUUCCGCUUGGGACUCCCACGAGCAAGGCCGCCUAGUCUACCGGUAUGGAGGAGUGCCUGUGGGUGGUUUCCAAGCAAAUUCAUCGCGCCACGAGGCCACCAGUGUGGCCCAUGCCCUCUUCCUGGAUCUUACCCACGAUAACCCAUCUCCGGUGGAGAAGCGUUCCGUAUACGAUCUUCUACCAUCGGCAGCACUGGUCUCCAUGGCCUGCUGUGCGACAGGAAGUAACCGUGGGUACGACGAACUGGUUCCCCAUCAUAUCCAUGUCGUGGAUGAAGAGCGCACCUACCAAGAAUGGGGCAAAGGAGUUGACUCGAAAUCGGGAAUUAUGGGUGCCAAAAGAGCACUGAAUUUGCUGCAUGGCCAGCUCGCGGAGGAGGGAUUUAGUCAAGUGUACGUAGACCAGAUGGAUCCCAACGUGGUCGCAGUUACUCGUCAUUCGCCGACCACCCAUCAGUCUGUUAUUCUGGUGGCCCACACUGCCUUUGGCUAUCCCUCUCCUAAUGCCGGACCCACCGGAAUUCGCCCGCUGCGUUUCGAGGGUGUGCUGGACGAGAUCAUCCUGGAGGCCAGUUUGACCAUGCAGAGUGACAAACCAUUCGAUCGCCCUGCUCCGUUCAACAAGGAUCCGAAUGUUAUCAACGGCUUCAAUCAGUUCCAGUUGAGUCUGCAGGAGCACAUCCCUCUGGCUAAGUCGACGGUGUUCCAAACCCAGGCCUAUUUGGAUGGCAGCAACACCGAGCUCAACUUUGUCAAUUUACGGCCCGGCACUGUGGUGGCUAUCCGGGUAUCCAUGCAUCCUGGUCCUCGUAGCAGUUUCGAUAAGCUCCAGAAGAUCUCGAAUGCCCUGCGUAUUGGUUCAGGCGAAGAGUAUUCACAGCUGCAGGCUAUCGUCUCCAAGUUGGAUCUGGUGGCACUUAGUGGUGCCUUGUUCAGCUGCGAUGAUGAGGAGAGGGAUCUGGGCAAAGGUGGCACUGCCUACGACAUUCCCAACUUUGGAAAGGUCGUUUACUGCGGACUGCAAGGAUUCAUUUCCCUGUUGACGGAGAUUUCGCCCAAAAAUGACUUGGGACAUCCGUUUUGUAACAAUCUGCGCGAUGGAAACUGGAUGAUGGAUUACAUAGCUGAUCGCCUCACUAGUUACGAAGACCUGAAGCCACUCUCCGCCUGGUUUAAAGCCACCUUUGAGCCACUAAAGAAUAUUCCACGCUACCUCAUACCCUGCUACUUUGAUGCCAUCGUCAGUGGGGUGUACAAUGUGCUCAUCAACCAGGUCAACGAACUAAUGCCAGACUUCAUUAAGAAUGGCCACAGUUUCCCGCAGUCCCUGGCCUUGUCCACGUUGCAGUUCCUCUCCGUCUGCAAGUCGGCUAAUUUGCCAGGAUUCAGUCCUGCUCUAAAUCCACCCAAGCCGCCAAAGCAAUGUGUGACUCUUUCUGCUGGUCUGCCGCAUUUCUCAACAGGCUACAUGCGGUGCUGGGGCCGUGAUACCUUCAUCGCUCUACGUGGCUCCAUGUUCCUUACCGGCCGUUACAACGAAGCCCGCUUUAUCAUCCUUGGAUUUGGUGAAACCCUUCGACAUGGACUCAUUCCGAAUCUUUUGGACAGCGGCAGCAGGCCGAGAUUUAACUGCCGCGAUGCAAUCUGGUGGUGGAUGUACUGCAUCAAGCAAUAUGUGGAGGAUGCACCCAAGGGUGUCGAAAUUCUGAAGGACAAGGUGUCCCGCAUCUUCCCGUACGACGAUGCGGAUGCCCAUGCACCAGGAGCCUUCGACCAGCUUCUCUUCGACGUAAUGCAGGAGGCACUGCAGGUGCAUUUUCAGGGAUUGCAGUAUAGGGAGCGCAAUGCAGGCUAUGAGAUCGAUGCGCACAUGGUGGACCAGGGCUUCAACAAUCAGAUCGGAGUUCACCCGGAGACAGGCUUUGUGUUCGGUGGCAAUAACUUCAACUGCGGUACUUGGAUGGACAAAAUGGGAUCCUCGCAGAAGGCCGGAAACAAGGGACGACCAAGUACACCGCGUGAUGGAUCCGCCGUGGAACUCAUCGGCCUGCAGUACGCCGUACUCCGGUUCAUGCAAAGCCUAGCCGAAAAGGAGGUUAUCCCGUACACCGGCGUGGAACGAAAGGGACCAUCGGGCGAAGUGACUAAGUGGAGCUACAAGGAGUGGGCGGAUCGCAUCAAGAAUAACUUUGACAAGUAUUUCUUUGUGUCCGAGUCAGAAACCUGCUCUGUGGCCAACAAGAAGCUCAUCUACAAGGACAGCUAUGGAGCCACCCAGAGUUGGACGGACUACCAGCUGAGAUGCAACUUCCCCAUCACCUUGACCGUGGCCCCCGACCUGUGCAAUCCUCAGAAUGCCUGGCGUGCACUGGAGCGCGCCAAAAAGUAUCUUCUGGGACCGCUGGGCAUGAAGACCCUGGAUCCCGAGGACUGGAACUAUAGGGCCAACUAUGACAACUCUAAUGACUCCACGGAUUGCACUGUCGCCGAUGGCGCCAACUACCACCAGGGACCGGAGUGGGUAUGGCCCAUCGGUUUCUACCUGCGGGCUCGCCUGAUCUUCGCCAAAAAGUGUGGCCAUCUGGACGAGACCAUUGCCGAAACUUGGGCUAUACUGCGGGCCCAUCUCCGAGAGCUACAGACAUCCCAUUGGCGCGGACUGCCCGAGUUGACCAACGAUAAUGGCUCCUACUGCGGUGACUCCUGUCGCACGCAGGCUUGGAGUGUUGCUGCCAUUUUGGAGGUCCUAUACGAUCUGCACUCCUUGGGAGCGGAUGUGGCCUAAACCACCGUAAAUACUCAUAUUCAAACCUGUUAGUUGCUACCAAAAACUGUUAUUAGUGUUACAUUUGAUAAUUGUACGGAUACAAAAUGGAAUGAGAUUCGAUGCCUGAGGUCCCUUGAAAUUUUGCUAUUUCUAUUCUAUUAAAGUUGCAAUUGUUUUUAA